UGAGAUAGUGAGAGAGAGAGUCAACUUUUCUGUAUUUAAAUGGGAGUUUAGGACAAGGGGAAUAUAUCCACAGGGCCACAGCCCUACGCCGCGACUGACAGCAGAUCCACUUUAUCCCAUCCGGCUGAGGAAAAGCCAUGGCCACUAUAACCUGCCGAGUGCAGUACUUGGAGGACUCGGACCCUUUCGUCUGCACCAACUUCCCGGAGCCACGAAGACCGCCGCCCUAUGAUCUGGAUGAAAACCUCGCCUUGAGUGAGCAGAUAGCCGGGGUUCACAAACUCCUGGAGGCACCGCUGAAGUUGGAGGAGUGUGCUCUGCAGAUGGCCUCCAAUGGGAACUACCUGGACCUGGAGCUAUCCCUAGGGGAACAGAAAGAUGAUGUGGAACAGCUCUAUGACGAUGUGGGUAAAGGGAAGAAACCCAUCCUGAUCCUGAGAACUCAGCUAUCAGUCAGAGUCCACUCCAUUCUAGAGAAGCUGUACAACUCUCAUGGACCUGAGCUCCGGAGGUCCCUGUUCUCUCUGAAGCAGCUCUUCCAGGAUGACAAAGACCUGGUGCCAGAGUUUGUGAAUUCAGAAGGCUUGAUGUGUUUCGUCAAGGUUGGAGCAGAGGCUGACCACAACUACCAGAACUACAUUCUCAGAGCCCUCAGUCAGAUCAUGCUGUUUGUAGAUGGGAUGAACGGGGUGAUCAACCACACUGAGACGGUUCAAUGGCUUUACACCCUGAGCGGCAGCCUGUCUCGUCUAGUGGUGAAGACAGCUCUGAAGCUCCUGAUAGUGUUUGUGGAGUACACAGAGUCCAACAGUCCUCUACUCAUCCAGGCUGUCAACACUGUGGAUGGCAAAAGAGGUGUGAAGCCGUGGACAUACCUGACAGAGAUCCUGGAGGAGAAGAAUGGAUCAGACACUGAGCUGUUAAUCUUAACCAUGAACCUCAUCAACAAGACGCUGUCGGCCCUCCCGGACCAGGACUCGUUCUAUGACGUGACCGAUUGUCUGGAACAGCAGGGGAUGGAACACAUUAUGCAGAAACACAUGAGCAGCAAGGUCACUGAGCCGGACCUGAAACAACAGUUCACCAUAUAUGAGAGGGCUCUGAGGCAGGAGGACGGAGAGUUGGAGGCUGCUCCUCACAUCAGGAAGGAGAGGAGGAAGGUGACAGCCGGCGAACAGGAGGGCAGGAGGCAGAGGAGAUCCUCAGCUCAGAACCUCCCCGACAUCCUCUCCUCCUCCCCUACCACAUCCAACACUAUCUCUCUAUCCACCUCCUCCUCCACUUCUCCAGGGCUGAGUAGGACCACCUCCCCACUCCCCUCCUCCUCCCGUAGCGCCUCACCCCUCUCCCCCACCUCCAGCCCAUCAGACUCUGGUUCUCAGAGGUCCUCUCCUCUACCGCCCCCUGGGGCGACCAACGGUACUGCAGCCUCCCCGUCUCCCUCUCCCACCGAACAGGAGCCCAAGACAACCUCCAACCUGGGGCGAUCAUUCCUCAGUCAUCACAUGUCCGCCCUGGGGAUCAGUAGGAGGUCACGGCUCUUUAACAAGGCUGGUUCCAUCUCUGAGGAACCUGCUUCUUCUGCCUCUCCAGCCGCAAGCAGGUCUGACUACACCUCCAUCACUUCUCUGGAUCUCUCUCUC